AUGCCGUGGAAUUGGUUCUUAGAAUUUAAAACUAAAAUUAAACGCAUCAAUUUAUUUAAAGAUAUUAAUGAAACAAAUGAAGAAGAUAUCAAAAAUCAAAAAAUAUCGACAAUUAUCUUUCUUAUUCUGUUUACAAUAUCAAUUGUUGCACUCUUUCUCUAUUCAUCCUUAACUCCUAUAACAAAAACGGUAGUUGUUGAACAACCUUCUUUAUCCGAUUAUAAACAAUUAGAAGAGAGAUAUUCAAAUACAUUAUUAUGUGCAUGUACAAGUGUUUCAAAUGAAUAUAACAAAUUCAUAUCAUCAUUUACACCGACUUUCAAUCAAGUCUGCUCAAGUGAUUUUGUUAGUGAUGAAUGGCUCAAUUAUGUUAAUUAUCGUUUAUUUCUUGAACCACAAUAUCAUUUUGUUUUCGAUUUUCGUCAUUCAGCUUAUGGAUUUUUUGCUAUGUUACGUACACUUUGUGUAUUAGCUAAACAAACAAUUGAUGAUCAAUUAAUUUCAUUCUAUUCUACAAUUUUACUUACAGCAAAUACCAUUUCAGAAGAUAUAUUUUUAGCUAAUAUACAUGCAAGUCGAGAUCAAUUUAUAAAUGCAAGUGCAACUGAUUUUAUAAUUACACUUGAUUCAGUUAUAUUAAUGGGAUUAGUUAGUAAUGCGGUCAUUAAUCGAUUAGAAACAAAUUGGCAAUUGUCUAUUUGGCUAUCCUCGUACUAUAAUCUAUUUGGCCCAGCUUGGGCAGGUCAAGCAUAUUCAUUAGUUGGAAAUUGUGUAUAUCCAACCUCUGUAUACUGUAGUAUAACAACAGGUAUUUAUUUAAGAAAGCUUCCUAAUGAAACAUCAUCUAAUUUAACCUGGGCAAAUUAUCGAGCAGAAUUACAAUUCGAAGUUCCAGGUGUACUUGUAGGUCCUUUCAUACUCCAUUCUGUUCUUCAAUCAAAUCUUUCAUGUUUAUAUGAUGAAAGUUGUUUAUCGAAGCUAAACACAUAUUUAAAUGAUUCACCUUCUCCAUUCAAUGCAACACCUUUAGCAAUACCUUCUUCUGCUUCGCCUCUUCCAACCAUUAAUGAUACAGCCAGAAAAUUAAUGGUGGAUUCUUGGCAACUAAAUUCAUCUUAUCAACAGUAUUUCAAUGUGUGCAAUCCAUUAACUUGCACAUAUACUUAUAUUCAUCAGUUUAAUAUUCUUUUUAUUAUUACGACUGUUAUUUCAUUUAUUGGUGGAAUUGAAACAGUUCUCAUGAUCGUAAUAUUACCGACAGUCAAAUUCUUAAGAAAAAAAGUUAAAACUUUCAACCGAUUGUUACCAUCAUCAUCAGAAAUUGUACCACAUGAAACUAAUAUUGAACGGCAAGCUGUUGGUGAUAUCACUGAGCAACAAAUUUCAUUAUUUGUUAAAAUAAAAACUUUUAUACUCAACCUUAACUUUUUCUCAGAUCCAGAUGAAAACAGUGAAUGGCAUUCAUAUGGUCAACGUCUUUCAACUCGAUUAUUCAUCAUUUCAAUAAUUAUUGCAUUUUUUAUACUUAUUCUCUAUGCAUCCACAUAUUCUAUUACAAAAACGAUCAACAUUAACAAACCUUCGAUUGAUGUUUAUUUUACUCUUCAAGAUAAAUAUCCUCAAACACUGACCUGUCCAUGUUCAUCAACUACAAAUGAAAACUCUCAAUUCGUAUCAUUUCAACCUACACAACAUCCAGUUUGUCAUUCAGAUUUUAUUACAGAUAACUGGACUAACUAUUUAAUAGCAAAGAGCGUGGAUGGUAUAGGUUCACUCGAUUUUCGUUACAACAAUGAAGCAUUCUUUCCAACUAUUUUAUCUUUUUGUCAACUAUCAUUGAAAACAAUCAAUAAUGAAAUACUCAUAUUCAAUUCAACAAAAUAUGUUACAAAAUCUGUACAACAAAUAGAUCUAUUUAAUUCUCAAACACAACAACUCAUCAGUAAUAUGAAGCAAACAAUAGUGAAUUUGUUUCAACUUUCAAUCUCAAUGUUACGUCAAACAGUUUGGGGAAAUGCAUUGUUUUCUCUUGACACUUAUUGGUAUACACCUGACCCACCGAUUAAUUAUAAUUAUAACUCAACAAUAAAUCCUCAUGAUUUAAAUCUUAUAUUUUAUCCGCGUUCUUAUCAACCUAACAACGACACAACAUGUUCAUGUAAAAUCAAUCCAACUACAUGCAAUGUAUUAUCUGAGGUCACUUAUAUAAACGACACGGUUUCUAUUAGCAAACCUAUUCCUGGUUAUUAUUUGGGUUGUUAUCAGGGUGAAUCAAUGUUUCGUUCUACUUUUGAAUGUUUUUUUGAUCAAACAUGUAUACAAACAAUCUAUAACUUAACAAAUUCAAGAUCAAAAUAUCCAUUUAAUGCAACUGCAAUGCAAUUAAAUAGUAGUCGUUAUAAUGUAACAACAACUGUACAAGAUAUUGUUUAUGAUUUAAUGAUUGAAGAAUGGAAUACUGAAACAUCAUUUCAGUUUUAUUUUAAACAAUGCAAUCCAUAUUUAUGUUCAUAUUCAUAUGAUCUCAAAGGAGAUAUUAGUUAUGUAAUUGCAAUUAUAUUUGGUUUAAUUGGUGGAUUAACAACUAUUUUAAAAACAAUUAUUCCAUCUACUGUAUUAAUAAUUAGACGGUGGCGUCAAAAAAGAAAAAUUGAUAUUAAUCAAUCAAUGAUUAAUCAAGUAUUUUAUGUUUCUUUUGAAAAUGUUACAUAUACAAUUAUUAAGAAAAAUCCAACAGUUAUUGACUUUAAUAAACUUUAUCAAAAAUAUCCAAAUACUAUUCAAUGUCCAUGUCAAACAUAUUCAAUUCCAUAUGAACAAUUUAUUACAUUUCAACCUAAUUUACAUUCAAUUUGUUCAAGUACAUUUGUUGAUGAAAACUCACAAUGGCUUAUAAUUGAUUAUCCACAAGCAAUGUUAAUACAUUCUGCUCGAAAAGAUGAUUUUCGACAAAUUGGAAGUCCAUUUUUUCAACUUCUAAAUUCAUUUUGCAAUUUAUCAAAUAAAACAAUCAAUGCAGAAUUGACAACAUUUAAUUCAAGUAGAUUUAUUACAUUGAAUUUAAUUGCAUCUGAACAAUUUCAAACUCAGAUAAAUCAAUUAAUUAAUCAAUUUAUAAAAAACACAGCUCGUUCAUUUAUUAAUUCACUCUUUUUUGUGGAAAAUAUGACUGCAGCAAAUAUGUUAUUUUCUACAUUUCAAUCAGAUUCAUUGUAUUCAUCGGCAUCUCCAAUAUAUGAUUAUUAUACGGAUUCAGUUUAUCAAUAUGAAAAUAUUUAUGAUCGAACAGAUCAGAUAUAUAAUUCAAAUGAAACUGGAAUUGAUUGUGAUUGUCAAAGUACACCAUGGUGUAUUCAACAAGCAAUUGUUUAUGAUUUAGAUACAAUAAGACAACUAUUUUCUCCACCAGGUAUAUUUGUUGGAUGUUAUCUUGUUGAAGCAGUUUUACAAAGUGAUCUAAGAUGUUUCUUCGACACUGAUUGUUUACAACAAUUGCUCGAUAGUUUAUCUUUAGAAAAUAUCAGUGUAUCGGAUAUUAUUUUAAACUCAACAGCAAGUCAUUAUCAAGAAAAAAGUUCUUUAUUAGAAAUUGUUUCAAAUUUAAUGGUUGAAGAAUGGAAUAAUCAAACAUUUUAUGAUAAUUAUUUUAAUAUAUGUCAACCAUCAGUUUGUACAGCAACAUAUAUUAGCCGUGGAGAUAUUAUUUAUAUUAUAACAACAACUAUAGGAUUGAUUGGAGGAUUAACAACAGUCUAUAAAUUUGUUGUACCAAUAUUUAUAAAGAUUAUUGUACAUUAUACAAUUGGUUUAGAACAAUCAUUUAAUUAUUUAACUCCUGCUGGCAACUGA